AUUCAACUCAUUGCAUUUGUUACUAUUGUAAUUUGUCGAAGAAGUUUAUAUGAAUAUUUGUAGCUAAAAUCCAGAAGAUUGAGUCAGUUAAAUAAGAAAUGGCCAAAGUAAAUGAAGUCGCUAAUUUGUACAAGCAAUUAAAAUCCGAAUGGAAUACUAACAAUCCAAAUUUAAGUAAAUGUGAAAAUUUACUGUCAACUCUUAAGCUUGAGCUCACCAAUCUAAUGUUCCUGCCAAUUACCACAUCUACUGCAUCCAAACAAGAACUACUUCUAGCCAGAGAUGUUCUAGAGAUAGGAGUCCAAUGGAGUAUAGCCGCCAAUGAUAUUACAUCUUUUGAAAGAUACAUGGCACAAUUAAAAUGUUAUUACUUUGAUUAUAACAACCAAUUACCAGAAUCGCCAUUUAAGUAUCAACUGCUUGGAUUAAACUUAUUAUUCCUACUGUCACAAAACCGAGUGGCAGAAUUUCAUACUGAAUUGGAACUUCUACCUGCAGAUCACAUUCAGAAUGAUGUGUACAUCAGGCAUCCUUUGUCUAUUGAACAAUACUUAAUGGAAGGAAGUUAUAAUAAAAUCUUUCUGGCUAAAGGUAAUGUACCUGCUAAGAAUUACAACUUUUUUAUGGAUAUUUUAUUGGACACCAUAAGAGAAGAAAUUGCAGACUGUUUGUCAGUAGCAUAUGAAAAGAUCUCAGUAAAAGAUGUAGCCAGAAUGUUGUACCUGCCAAAUGAAGAAGCUGCUAAAACAUUUGCCAAAAAGGCUUUCCAGCUCAAACCUUGGAAACUCAACAAUGAUUUUUUCCACUUUCUUCCUGAAGAGAAGACCCAUGAACCCAUACCCUCACAAGAACUAGCACAACAGGCUGUAGAGUAUGCCAAGGAACUUGAAAUGAUUGUCUAAUAGGUGUAUUUAAUUCUUACAUUUAGGAUUUUGUUUUAUAUAAAAAUCAUAAUUAAAUAAACAAGCAAUUAAUUUGUUUUAU